UUUUAAAAUAUACAUUAAAGAGCGACAUUUUUUGACGUCACAGUUUCUAAGUUAUUUCCCUUUAACGCAUGCCUACUUAUUUAACUUAUUUUUCACUCAUUUGGAAUAUUUACAAAAAAUGAAUGUUCCUGUAUUUAUUGACAUUGCCGUUCCUCUUCAGACAUUGGAGUUAAGAACUUUUUUGAAAUCGCUGGGAGCAGAAAUUUCUGAAGAAAAUGCAGAGUCUGGUCUUUUAACUGACCUUAAAAACAUUAUUGAAGCAAGUAAAUUCUGCUGGAGUUUAAACAAUGAAGCAGAUAUUGAAAUGGUUUUCAAUGGGAUCAUUUCCCUCUUGCUUGUGGUGCCUGUCCAAGAAGCAGAAAGUGUGGUCACAUUAUUUUGUGAAAAAGUUGGGAAAUUGCCUGAAGGAGAUAAACGAGUUGCCAUUAGGCUUAGGAUGUUGAGUAAUUUAUUUUAUGGCUUAGAGGAGGAAGCGAGCCUGAGAUAUGUAGUUUUGUGUAGCAUGGUACGUCUGGCUGGACAGAAUGAUCUAUUGUCAAUGGUUCCAGUUGACUUAGAGAAAAUCAAAAAGUGGAUAAAUCUUUGGGAAAUCAGUUCUGCCAAGGUUCAGAUGUUAUAUAGAACUUUACACGAGUCUUUAAUUGCUUGCAAUAUGAGAGAGCUAGCCACCAAAGUAAUGAUAGAACUACUGGGCACCUACACAGAGGAGAAUGCCUCCCAGGCUCGGGAUGAUGCCCAUAAAUGUAUUGUAACUUGUUUAGCUGACCCAAAUACAUUUCUUAUGGACCACUUACUGUCCCUUAAGCCAGUCAAAUUUCUAGAAGGAGAACUUAUACAUGAUCUCCUGACUAUCUUUGUAUCUGGUAAACUUGCCCAGUACCAACAGUUUUAUAAAAACCAUACAGACUUUAUCAACUCUUUAGGUCCAUCACAUGAAGAAAACAUGCGCAAAAUGAGACUGCUGACCUUUAUGCAGAUGUGUGAGAAUACAAAAGAAAUGGCUUUCAGCUUAAUACAAGAUGAAAUGCAGCUUGAGAAAGAUCAAGUUGAGGAGUUUAUCAUUGAUGUUCUAAAGACCAAAGCAGUGAGAGCAAGGAUUGAUCAAAUCCAAGAGAAAGUGAUUGUUAAUUCCACAACAUUUAGGACAUUUAGCAAACACCACUGGCAGGUGAUUCGUCAACAUUUGGCUACAUGGCAAGAGAAUUUGGCACGUCUGGAGAUCAACUUUGAAAAUGUUUCCCUUUUGCAGUCCCAAGUCCAACAACAAUAGUUUUAUGAGAUUUUUAAAUUUUAGGGUGGGGUACAGUUUUAUUUUAACUUAACAACUAGUUUUGUUUCAGUUCUUAAUUUAAACACUACAAUAACUUGGGUCAUUUCUUGAAACAUUUGAUUUUGUACAUAGAAACACUCAUGCAUAAGUUCAAUAAACAUUGUAUGAACUUCCAA